CGAUAAUUAAUAAGAAAUGGAUUAGAUGAUCAAUCUAAUGAUACGUAUGAUGUAGUAGCUUAAUUGUCAUAAGAUUGAACAAGUGAGAGUCAAGUUUAAGAGGGAGAGAAUGAGAGGAAAAUAUUCAUCAGUAAUUAAUUAAUUAUUGUUGAACAUGCAAUUAAACAUGGAUGACAUUGAUCUGGCAAUUGUCUUGGGUUUGCACCACAAGAAUCAACAGAGAUCAGGAAUCGCUCUCUGGAAUAUAAGUUUACUUGGAAUCGCCUUUUUCUUCAUCUACACUUCUUAUGGGACUUCAAUGUUUAUCGAGAAACCCACUGUGGCCUCUGUUAACGGUGAAUACAGGGAGGAGUGGGGUGGUAAAGACUGGAAUGCCUAUGAAUUACUUGGAGUUAAUUAUGCGAUUUAUGCUCUGUUUGGUUGGAUUUCUCCUUCGUUGAUUAACUUUCUUGGUCUGAGGAGAGCGAUGAUUGUUCAUGGAUUAGUGUUGAGUUUAGCUGGUUUAGUUUACAUUUUUCCAUUUUAUUAUGGUUUAAUGGUCUCUUCAAUUGCUCUUGGAGUUGGACAAGCGGUUCUAUGGACUGCUCAAGGUAAUUUGUUAACGAUUAACAGUAGAGAUGAAACAAUUAUGAGAAACAGUGGAAUCUUCUGGGUAAUUUAUCAAACCAGUCUUUUAGUGGGCAAUAUUAUCGUUUAUCACCGAUUUGAAGACCGAAGGACAAUUGACCGAUACACUCGAAAUGUCACAUUCACAUGUUUAACGGUCUGUAGUCUCGUUGGUGUUUUAGCCUUAUUUGCACUCAAAGAACCAGAAUCAGAUUCACCACAAUCAACCACUCACAAUGGACCUUGGAAAAUAUUAUGCAGUACAUUGAAUUUGGUCAAAAGCAAGAAGAUGAUUCUACUUUUUUUAGCCUUCAUUUAUACAGGAUUGGAAGGAACCUUUUUCAGUGGAGUUUACGACGCGUCUGUUGCCUUCUCGAAACAUCGAUCAAAUUUAACACCCAAAAGAUUUUCUGGAAUCUCUGGAGCUUUGACAGGAGCUGGUGAAAUCGCUGGUGGAUUCUUAGUAAUAUUGUUCGGAAGUGCCAAAAAACGCAAACAAAACAAUUUCUUAAUUUUCCUUGGUUAUUGUAUUCAUAUAAUCACAUUCGCUGUCAUGUAUUUCAACCUCCAAUUUCAUGUGUCUCUCAACGGCUCGGACGAACCCGAUAUAGUCCAUACAAGGUAUUCCAACUACGAUUCCAAAAUUUGUAAACGAGUCCUGAUUAUGAUUGUCUUUCCUUUUAGUUUAAUUUUAGCCUUAAUCUGCAGUUUCUUGAUUGGCUUCGGCGAUGCUUGUUACCAGAACCAAAUCAACGCUUUUCUAGGGUCCGUUUAUCGAGCAGAAAGUUCACCUCCAUUUGCAAUUUGCGUCUUUUUCCAGAACUUAUCAUCGGCCAUCGCUUUUUAUUACUCUAAACACAUUCCUCUGGAUACUCAUAUUUAUAUCUUGACGAUUGUGGGGACCAUUGGUACUCUUGCUUUCUUUGCAUCCGAUCAUUUGAAUAAGGUUGAGAAACGGGUUACACAUUAUAAGAAGAAAAUUAUCAAAGUAAUUCAAUCUUCACAAACUCGGUGAACAAUUAACUCGGAAUUUGAUUUAACAACAUAUUUGCAUAAUCAACUGGAAGAGAAACUUUAUCCUGUUCAUUGAGAUGAAACCAACAAAAGGAACAUUGGUUUAGAUUUUCCUGGUUAAUUGUCAACAGAAUUAAAGAGGUUGACUAAUUUUGGCUUAA